UUGUGUUUGUCAGCUAGAUAUUUUUACACAUCAAUCGUAAACUACAAGAAAAUGAGUUUAAAACGAAGAUCGCCGCCGGUAUUCAAACACGUUUUAUCAUGAAUUUAGGUGAAAGAUGCAGAAUGAAAACAGCGAAACAAGGAUCCGUAAAAGGAAUCAUUUGAAUCACAAGGCAGGCGAAGAAGAAGCGAACUCAAAAUGGACUGGCUUGGAGUUCUUCAAUAAUAUAAAGAAUUUAAGCCCGAAACUAUGGAGCUUAAAUUUUCUCACAAGCCUAAAGCUAAAUGACAAUAGCUUGACUAGAAUACCAGCUGAUAUUGGUAAACUUACAUCGCUACAAAAACUCGAUUUGUCCUCGAAUAAACUGCGAAGUUUGCCGGCUGAAAUAGGAGAUCUAAUCAACCUGACCGAACUGUAUCUAAACAACAAUAGCCUUCAUAGUCUACCGCAUGAAUUGGGACGAUUAUUUCAGAUCCAAAUUCUUGGACUGGACGGAAAUCCCCUUUCCCAAGAAAUACUAUCAUGGAAUUCAAAGAAAAAUGGCAGCGCUCAGUUGAUUUCGUAUUUAUUGGACCGUUUAUCGGUGUGUGAAAGACCAGAGGAGCGCCAUUGGCAGCUGUUAGUGCCAGAUAAAAGACGGACUGCAGACAAUUCAUUUAUUGUGAUGUGCUACAAUGUUUUGUGUGACAAAUAUUGUACAAAAGCUAUGUAUGGCUACUGUCCUAGCUGGGCACUGAAAUGGGAGUACCGAAAGAAACUCAUUAUGAAUGAAAUUUUACAACACCAAGGAGAUAUUCUCAGUCUGCAGGAAGUGGAGACGGGACAGUUUUACAGUUUUUUUCUGCCAGAGUUACAGAAACAUGGCUAUGAUGGGAUCUUCAGUGCUAAGUCAAGAGCAAGAACCAUGUCAGAAGAUGAAGGAAAGAAAGUUGAUGGUUGUGCAAUAUUUUAUAAGACAACAAGAUUUACGUUAAAGAAGCAAGACAUGAUGGAGUUUAAUCAGCUGGCUGCAGCAAACUCCAAGGAUGCUUCAGACAUGUUGAACCGUGUUAUGACCAAAGAUAACAUCGGUAUAGUUGCCUUACUUGAAACCAACGAAGAUUACAGCUACGGUCCGAACGCUGAUAGGACCAGACGGCAGCUGAUGGUCUCUAAUGUUCACAUGGCAUGGGAGCCAGAGUAUUCGGAUGUCAAGUUGAUACAGACGGUCUUACUCAUGCAGUUCUUGCAGAAAUUCCGAUCAGAAGUCGAUGGAAGUUAUAUGCUAUCAGGCAAGAACGGCACACUCCUUCGUCCGAUCCCGCUAGUCAUGUGCGGUGAUCUCAACUCACUGCCUGAUUCGGGGCCGGUGGAAUUUCUUGACAAAGGGAGGAUAUCGACAGAUCAUCCCGACUUCCAGUCCUUAGACUACGGUGGCUUUCUAGCUCGCUUAAGCAGCACACGAAAUGGUGAAAAGUGCGCAGAGCUCACACACGCUUUUAACUUGAAACGAACUUACGAGUCACUCGAAUGUAGCAAUUACACCUAUCAUUUUCGUGGUGUUAUCGAUUGGGUAUAUUACAGUUCCGAUGAACUUUGCCCGGUAGCUGAACUUGCGUCUGUCGACCCAGAAUAUCUGAAGAGGAAUAAAUUGAUCGGCUGGCCACACCCCCAUUUCCCCUCGGACCACCAGUCGCUAUUGGUCGAAUUCGAAUUCGCUGAUAAAACGGUCACACAAAAUGGCGAGUAUGGAAACCCGGGGUCGCAUAACCGGUAGGUGGCAAUUUUCUUCCGAGGUGGGGAUUUCCUUCUAAAGUCAAAACAUGAAGUGAGUGUCAUCCACUAUCAUCACCGAUGCCCCCCCUCGGUUGAAAUUUUAACGUAGUCACAUCCCCUCCUUGCAGUAAACGUGUAUCCAAGGCAAUGUACAUAAUGACGAAUACUCACCACGAUAGAUUUUGGAAAUAGACACAUUCAACAGGCAACAGCUGCACUAAGUUAUUUCAUUUCUCGUAUUUUAGUAUGUAGUUUAUAGAUGCUUAGCAAGUAUGUUUUUCGGAGAACUUUUUUAUCGUUUUAAUACUUUGAAUUAGUCGGUAGGCUGUAGAGAAGUAAUGUAGGAAUUUAUUUAGCAAACGGCGGAAUAUGUAAAAUUUUUGUUCGGUAGUUUUUGCAAACAUUAGGCGUACAUUGGAAAAUAGUCUAAACUAUGCUUUUAUCAUGAUCUGCGACUUUGGUUUGUCGAAGGCGUAAAGUUCUUUCUUUUUAUGUAAUCUUUUUAGUUUUACACUAUUAUGUAAUCUUUUCAAGAGCAAAUUUUGCAAUUACUGUUCGCUGUACAUCGUUUUAUUCGUUUCUGUUUGCGAGACGACUAUAAUAAAGGUGACUACUAAGGUCGGGAUGUCCGUGUGUCGAACGAGUCGAAAGCAAUAAAUAAUCGAUAUCAUUAUCCGUUAUUUAUUGUUUUACGUUCCACACAGGAGAAGCGCAAUAUUUUGCACUAAAAACAAUGAGCAUAGGAAUGUAUAAAGUCCUAUUCAGGCGAGCAAGUUCGCCAACGGUACUACUCUGGAGCAAGAUUUGUUUACUAUAUGAACAUACGUUAGAAAAAUAUUUCGUCCAUCAAUUUGGCAAUUCUGAAUUGUCGAAUAAAAUCCUGUAUUCUUGAAAUGUCCAAAAAGAUGUGUAAGCAUAAAAUCAUAAGUAUUAAGAAACUCUUUCUGACUUACGGUACGUUACGAUGUGCAGGAAAAAGGUUGAGAUCAUGAUAUAAGCACUAUAUAUAUAGCUAAAGACUAAAGUACAGUUUUAAAUUGUUCAUUUAUAUAAUAUCUUUCUUAGACUCUAAUUAGAUCUGACUUUAGUACUUUUCAGUAAUUUAUUUCGAAGUUAGACAUUAGUUUAGGUUUUACUUAGCUUUUUCUUAUAUAAACGAAUUUUUGAAAGCACGAGCAUAAUUUUGUUAGCUUUAUUUGUUACAAAUAUUCGUGUAACCUGGUAAUUACAUGCACAGAUGUUUUGGUAUAGUCAUUCGCACUGUACAAUUCAAUACCAAUGCUUGUGGUAUAAUUUUUCUGUGUAAAUAUCGUGUAAAGAUUACUUUUUUCCUUUAUUGAGCAUGUUGUAUUGAAAUAUUAUAUCUUCCAUUGUAAGUAUAGACCAUGCAAUGUCAUUAAGGGUAGCUUCUCUAGACUGCAAACAGGGUUUGAACCUUGUUUUGCGGACUAGGUUUAUUUCAAGCAUAUACGAGACAGUUGUAUAAAUUAUAACUAUAUAUUAUAUAUAACGAUGAAUACUUUCUAUUAUGUAUGUAAUCUAUCGAUUUUUCAUAUCUUCCUUCCGCCAUCUUGGAUUGUUGUCGACAUUCGUAUUACGUUAAUAGCGAGGUUGAGCAAGUUAUUAUUGAAACAAAGACGUUAUUAAGAGAUGAAGAAAUACAAUUUCUAUCAACUUAGCUUGCUAGUUUUAGGUCGGCUGAGAGUUUUCCUAGGAUUAAAAGGCCAACGUAAUUCACGAUGUUACUAAAACCACUCUGAAGAUAUCACGUAUAUUUAUCCAAUAUGGCGAGCAGUCCCAUUUAGAAGAGAAAUAUUGCUAAAACUAAGCAAGAUAUGAAAAAUCUGAUUAUUUCAAUUGAGACGAGGAGAACCUCGUUGACAGAAUCUUGGUUGGAAUCUUUUGUGCAUCUAAUUUUUCAGCAUUGUAAUUGAUUGAAUCAAUCCCACCCCUUUUUUGCGAUAGAAUCGACUGUAGUUAAUGAAGUAAAGGCACACUAUGAAAUACACUCAUGCAACUCUCAUAGUAUGCUUCUUAUAUUUAGCUUUCCUUAGUCAUAUUAAGUUGAAGUUUGCUUUUUUAAAACAUUACUUUAAUAAGUAGCCAAAACCGACUGUUCAAUGUAUAUAUAGGGUACUUUAAAUGGUGGUAGAAGGCAUAGAAACUUGUCAGAAUUACUUAUCUUACAUGCAGCUUUUUAUCUCAAAUAUAUGGCAUC